UCGAGACGUACCUGCACGUUGGAAAACAUAGUUCCCCCAGAACUGUUUUUGUGAGCAGUCAGACUGAACGUCGCCACGUCAUCACAGUCGCUCGCCGGUACGCUUCGCGGAUACAUCACGAUGGAUUACCUAUCGGUCGCUUUAUCGCUGGUGGCGGUGUUCGUUGCCCUCUAUUACUUCAUCGCGAGUAGUCAGAAUUUGUUCAAGAAGCAUGGAAUCGUGCACGUUCCGCCGACGCCGCUGCUUGGAAACAUGGGAUCGUUCAUCAAACGACAGAUCACCAUGGCGGAUUUGAUAAUCAACGCUUAUCAACUGGAUCCAAAAGCGAAAUACGUCGGUUUCUACGAAUUUCUCACGCCGAUAAUAGUGCUGCGCGAUCUCGAUCUGAUCAAAGUCAUUGCCAUGAAGCACGUCGAACAUUUCCCGGACCAUCGUCCGAUGGUGAACAGAAAAGUGGAUAGCAUGCUAGGUGGAUCGCUGUUCAUAAUGAACAGUGACGAGUGGAAGUAUCACAGGAACAUACUGUCGCCGACGUUUACCUCCAGCAAGAUAAAAACCAUGUUCAAGCUGAUGUCGGAAUGCGCGAUCAGAUUCGCCGAGCAUUUGUCGAAUCUGCCGGAGGAUAAGCGCGAAAUGGAGAUGAAAGAUCUGUUGACGAGAUACACGAACGACGUGAUCGCCAGCUGCGUCUACAACGCGUCCGUAGACUCUAUCAAGGAACCGAACAACAUGUUCUACGUGUACGGUAAAAUUGGCACGUCGAUGGCAACGUUCAAGAAAUCCGCGAUGGCUCUGGUACACAGGAACGCUUCACGGUUGGCGGAGCUGCUGCAACUCAACAUCCUGGACAGCCACGUUGCCAAAUUUUUCCACGACCAAGUGGCAGAGCAGGUGGAGACCAGGCAACGGACCGGCGCUCGCAGGCCGGACUUUCUGCAGCUGCUCAUAGACAGUAACGAGAAAAAAGAGCCGGGGAAAGAGCUGACCGUGAAACAGAUGGCGAAUCACGCGUUCAGCUUCUUCUUCGGCGGUUUCGACAGCGUCUCGGCGCAAACCUGCAUAGCGGCGCAUCUGCUGGCCGAGAAUCCGGACGUUCAGGAAAGAUUGCAGCGGGAGAUCGACGAGACGUUGGAGAGCAACAACGGAGAGCUGACGUACGACGUGUUGCACGAGAUGAAGUACCUGGACGCGGUGAUCAGCGAAGUCUUACGACUUUUCCCGAUCGCCACGUUUACGGACAGGAUGUGCGUCAAAGAUUUCGAACUGCCGCCGGCGCGACCCGGCGACAAACCGUUCACCGUCAACGCAGGGAUGAACGUCUGGAUUCCCGUGAUUGGGAUCCACCGGGACCCCCAGUACUACGAGAACCCCUUGAAAUUCGACCCGGACAGAUUUUACGAAAACCACAAAACGGUCAUCAGUUCGGGCGCGUACAUGCCGUUCGGCCUUGGGCCGAGGAUGUGCAUCGGCAACCGAUUCGCUCUGACGGAGAUGAAGGUGCUGCUCUGUCACGUUCUCGCCAAGUGCAGCAUCAAGAUCACGCCGAGAACCAUCACCCCGUUUCAGCUCGAGGAAGGCGUGAUAAACACCACCGGAAAAAACGGAUUCUGGCUGGCCAUCGAGCCAAGGAAAAGUCUCUCCGAUGUUUCCGCCAGCCCUGUUCCCUGCAAUUGAACGUAAAAUGAAAGGAUUACAUGUAUUAUCUAUAUGAAUGUUGGAUGUUUGAUCGCAUGUACGACUUCAACAUGGGCAAAUAAAGAAUGUUGUUCCUCGCAUUGUUAGCUGUAACGCUCUUGAUAAAAAUGCGUAACUGAAAGGCGCAUUUACUGGCGUCGAACAGCUCUCUUCCGUGUCUUGCAAUCCACUGAAAAUGGGAAAAUUGUCGAUACGAUACGAGCGGAUACUUUAAUGGAAUGACAACAGAACGAUCGUUUGAAUCGAGCUCGGCUCUAUUUGUAAAAUUCGGCUCUCGACUUACCGUUAGUACAAAAAAAAUAAUGAGCAAUCGCGUCUGAUUUCUAUGGGCGAUUGUUGCUUUUGUUCCGCGUGCAACACCUCGAAUUGCUGCGACAUUAUGUAGAUAAACAAUCCGGUAUCUCUGAAGGUUAGAUAUAACGAAAAUCUUACAGAUCUUUCGCUCACAAACUAAAGUAUCUAUAUACAAACGGAGCGUGUUAAUCUACGUGUUGUAACGGUGAUAACAUUUUUGCUAUAGUUUUAUCGUAAUACAUAGCGUGUAUCGUGGCCGCUUCGACUAAUUUUAUUCCGCCGUGUACGAUUUAAAUUAAAAUUCGAAAAGAUUUAAUUCGAUUUAGCACCGUGUAUGUAUUUUGUCGAUACAAUUUUGUAUCGUUGUUUGCGACGUUAACAAACGAACAUUGUUAAUCGUAACAUUUUCGUGUUUUUUUUUCUUUUUACAAACUGUUUGUUAAAUAAACGAAAGAUUUAACGGAA